CGGUAUCGACGGAUAUAUAGUAUUUAAAAAUAAGAAUCUAGAAAAAUAUGAAUCCAGAAAAAACCGUAUUAAAUGAUGAUAAAUUGAAGGAUAAAGUGACACUUCCUGAAGAGAAUCAUCAUGUGGAUGAAGUAGGAGCAACAUCAGCACCACUUAAAGCCGCUUCAUAUUUUAUUGGAGCACGUUGUAAGGCGUAUAAUGAAGAUUAUAUGCUUUGCAAGGCAGAAAGUCGAGGAAAAGUUGAAGAACCAUGUUUAAAAGAAGGUUUCCGUGUUACACGAUGUGCAAUUAGUGUCUUAGAAGAUUUACAUACAUACUGCUCAGACCAAUUUAAAAGAUAUUGGAAAUGUUUAGAUUCGCAUAACCAUGAAUUUCGUUCAUGUAGAAGCCAAGAAAUGGAAUUUAAUAAAUGUGUUUUUGAUAAUUUAAAACUUGAAAAAGUGAUUCCAGGAGCACCAGAAGGAGAAGAGCCUAUAUUUUUGAAGAAGAAUCCUAUUUUUUAAUUUGAAUGAUUGUUAAAUUGAAAUGUGAGUUUUGAUUUUUAAAAUA